AUGGAUGCGGUGGAUUUAGCUAUUGUUGAAAUCGGAAAGUGUGUGUUGAAUCCUCUUAAGAAACACAUGGGCUACCUUAUUCAUUUUAAUGACAAUGUUAAGGAUCUGAAAGACCGCGUAGAAGAUCUAGUGGCCAAGAGAGAGCAUAUAGAUCAACGGGUAAGCACAGGUUGCUCCAACGGCGAAGAAGAAAUUGGAGAAGUUAAGCUAUGGCUAACACGAGCUGUUCACAUGAAAGAAGAAGCAGAGAGGAUAGAGCAAAGAGUGGCAGAAAACACGAGACGUCUGUUUUGUUCGAAUCUAAGCUGGCGUUAUAGUAUAAGCAAGGAAGCAAAACAAGCAAUGGAGAGUAUUUCCAAGCACUGCAAUGAAGGGAAUUUCAUGAGGGUGACAAUGCCCCCACUCAUUCCUAAAGUCAUAAAUCAGCCAGCUCCAUCAAUCAAGGGUCUACCAUCAGUGGAAUCAUCCUUCGAAAAAGUCAUGAAUGCUUUAGGUGAUGAAAAUAUCAAAAUAAUUGGUGUAUGGGGCAUGGGUGGCAUUGGCAAAACUACCCUUGUGAACAAUGUGAAUAAUAGGUUGGAAGGUACACAAAAAUUCAAUAAAGUCAUAAUUGUGACCGCUUCAAAGGACGUGGAAAUCAGAAAGAUCCAGGGCGACAUUGCAUAUAGAUUGGGCUUGACUUUGAAGAAUGAAACCUCGCGAGCAACUGACCUGAGUAACAGAUUAAUAAAAGAGAAGCCCUUUCUCAUCAUCUUUGAUGAUUUAUGGGAGCGACUUGAUUUGGCCAAUGUAGGGAUUCCCUCUAUUAACAGCCUUGAGGGUUGUAAGAUCUUAUUCACAACUCGAAGUGAAGAUGUGUGCAGAGGAAUGGAAAGCGAAGUUAAUAUCAAAGUAGAAGCGCUCUCAGAUGAUGAAUCGUGGAAACUAUUCAAAGAGAAAGCAGGUGAUGUUGUUGAUGACCCUUCCUUGCAUACCAAGGCAAGAGAGGUUUUCAAGGAAUGUGGCGGUCUUCCACUUGCAAUUAUAACACUUGGAAGGGCACUCAGAGGCGUGAGAAAUUCUAGUGUGUGGGAUAAUGCAUUGUCACAGCUGAAGAGGUCUGCGCCAAGCGAUAUCAAAGACAUGGAGAGGAGUGUGUACCAGUCUAUCAAACUCAGCUAUGACCAUUUGCGAGUUGAGUUGAAACCGGGGUUCUUGUUCUGCUGUUUGUUUCCUGAAGAUUAUGAUAUUCAUGUUGACAGGAUGAUCAAACUAUGGAAAGGUGAAGGCUUUUUGGAAGACGGUGGAAGUUUGAAUGAAACAAUAAAUAAAGGGCACACUUGGGUUGAAGAACUUAAAUCUUCUUGUUUGUUAUUAGAAGGUAAAGAUGAAGGAUAUGUGAAGAUGCAUGACAUUGUAAGGGAUGUUGCCAUUUCGAUUUCAUUAAAAGAAGAUGAGCACUACAAAUCUUUGGUGAGAGCUGGAGUUGGAUUGAAAGGUUUGAUAAACUGGGAGGAAUACAAGAGGAUUUCUCUCAUGAGAAGUGGAAUUGAUAAAUUGCCAAAAGGGAUGCAUUGUCCUAGAUUGCUGACAUUGAUGAUGUCUGAAAACAAGGAGCUGACUGAAAUACAGGGCUGGGUUUUGGAAGCAACAAUAGAACUUCGGGUUCUCGAUCUAAGCAUAACGACUAUCAGUAGGUUACCACCGUCGCUAUCAAACCUGGUGAAUCUACGGGUGCUUUGCCUAAGAAAGUGCAUAUUUAAAGGGACUUGUCUAUCAGCACUUCAAGGACUGAAGCAGCUUGAAUCCCUCGAUCUGUCACGGAACAAAUACUUACAUGAGUUGCCAACUGAAAUUGGAGAAUUGGUUAAUCUAGUGAGCUUGGACUUGACAGAGACUUGGCAUCUUUCAAUUGUUCCAAGUGGUAUUAUAUCAAGGUUGACUCACUUGGAAGAAUUGAAGAUGUGGAAGAGCUUUUGCAAGUGGGAGGUUGAAGGAAAAGAUGCAAGCAGCAGCAGCAACAACAGUGCUACUUUUGGUGAGGUGGCAUCUCUGAAAGAAUUGUCUCAUUGA